AUGGAUGGCAACGGUUUUGAUCCUUGCGAAUGUAUUUGGAAUCAUAAUAUGGCAAUGCGCCGUCUUUUGUCUAUAUUAAGACAAUCUCAAGCAUAUUGUACCGAUAAUGAAUGUUUAAAUGAACUGCCAGGAAGUAAUAUUGAUUCACCUGAGCAAAAUUUCUUUUUCGUUGCUGCUUUUUGGUUUUUGAUAGCCAUGCUUUUAUAUUUUCUAAGACCUAAUACAUUCCGUAGACGAGAAGACGACAUUUUGAAAUUAAGAAAUAAUGAAAACGAUUCAAGUGAUAAUUCAUCAGAUCCACCACCUCCGCUUUGUUGA